CCACCCGGGGCUCCCACAUUUCAGCAGGUGCUGGAGCCGGAGCUCCCGCCGCCGCCCGUGCCUCCGGCUCCUCGGCGCCCCUGCCUUGGCUCUGCGCCCCCAUCCGGCCGGGGUGCCGCUCCCUGCCGCGCGCUGCGCACCUGGAGGUGCCUCUCCUCUCUCCUCCUUCCCACCUCCGAGUCUCCCGAGUCCCCGACUCUGCUCCCCCAGUCCACCUGUUUCCUCAGAAAGGCAGGAUCCUGGUCCUUGCUGCGUUCUCGGGGCCAUGGCGGGUCUGGGCCCCGGCGGAGGCGAUUCAGAGGGGGGACCCCGACCCCUGUUUUGCAGAAAGGGGGCUCUAAGGCAGAAGGUAGUCCACGAAGUCAAGAGCCACAAGUUUACCGCUCGCUUCUUCAAGCAGCCAACCUUCUGCAGCCACUGUACCGACUUCAUCUGGGGUAUUGGGAAACAGGGCCUGCAAUGUCAAGUCUGCAGCUUUGUGGUUCAUCGGCGAUGCCACGAAUUUGUGACCUUCGAGUGUCCAGGCGCUGGGAAGGGCCCCCAGACGGACGAUCCCCGGAACAAGCACAAGUUCCGGCUGCACAGCUACAGCAGCCCCACGUUCUGCGACCACUGUGGCUCCCUCCUCUAUGGACUGGUGCAUCAGGGCAUGAAAUGUUCCUGCUGCGAGAUGAACGUGCACCGGCGCUGUGUGCGCAGCGUGCCCUCGCUGUGCGGCGUGGACCACACGGAGCGCCGUGGGCGUCUGCAGCUGGAAAUCCGGGCUCCGACCUCGGACGAGAUCCACAUCACUGUUGGUGAGGCCCGAAAUCUCAUUCCUAUGGACCCCAAUGGUCUCUCUGAUCCCUAUGUGAAACUGAAGCUCAUCCCAGACCCUCGGAACCUGACCAAACAGAAGACCCGGACGAUGAAAGCCACACUAAACCCUGUGUGGAACGAGACCUUUGUGUUCAACCUGAAGCCAGGGGAUGUUGAGCGCCGGCUCAGCGUGGAGGUGUGGGACUGGGACCGGACUUCUCGUAAUGACUUCAUGGGUGCCAUGUCCUUUGGUGUCUCAGAACUGCUCAAGGCACCCGUGGAUGGCUGGUACAAGUUACUGAACCAGGAGGAGGGCGAAUAUUACAAUGUGCCGGUGGCCGAUGCUGACAACUGCAGCCUCCUCCAGAAAUUUGAGGCCUGUAACUAUCCCUUGGAAUUGUAUGAGCGAGUGCGGAUGGGCCCCUCUUCCUCUCCCAUCCCCUCCCCAUCUCCUAGUCCCACGGAUCCCAAGCGCUGCUUCUUUGGGGCCAGCCAAGGACGCCUGCACAUCUCCGACUUCAGCUUCCUCAUGGUUCUAGGGAAAGGCAGUUUUGGGAAGGUGAUGCUGGCCGAGCGCAGGGGCUCUGAUGAGCUUUACGCCAUCAAGAUCCUGAAAAAGGAUGUGAUUGUCCAGGAUGACGACGUGGACUGUACCCUAGUUGAAAAACGUGUGCUGGCCCUGGGGGGCAGAGGUCCUGGUGGCCGGCCCCACUUUCUCACCCAGCUCCACUCCACCUUCCAGACACCGGAUCGCCUGUAUUUCGUGAUGGAGUAUGUAACCGGGGGCGACUUGAUGUACCACAUUCAGCAGUUGGGCAAGUUUAAGGAGCCCCAUGCAGCGUUCUAUGCAGCAGAAAUCGCCAUCGGUCUCUUCUUCCUUCACAACCAGGGCAUCAUCUACAGGGACCUGAAGUUGGACAACGUGAUGCUGGAUGCAGAAGGACACAUCAAGAUCACUGACUUUGGCAUGUGUAAAGAGAAUGUCUUCCCUGGGACCACAACCCGCACCUUCUGUGGGACUCCAGACUACAUAGCACCUGAGAUCAUUGCCUAUCAGCCGUAUGGGAAGUCUGUCGACUGGUGGUCCUUUGGGGUUCUGCUAUAUGAGAUGUUGGCAGGACAGCCACCUUUUGAUGGAGAGGAUGAGGAGGAGCUGUUUCAGGCCAUCAUGGAGCAGACUGUCACCUACCCCAAGUCACUUUCCCGGGAAGCUGUUGCCAUCUGCAAGGGGUUUCUGACCAAGCACCCAGGAAAGCGCCUGGGCUCGGGGCCAGACGGUGAACCCACCAUCCGGUCCCACGGUUUUUUCUGCUGGAUCGAUUGGGAGCGGCUGGAGCGAUUGGAGAUCGCGCCUCCAUUUAGACCGCGUCCGUGUGGCCGCAGUGGCGAGAACUUCGACAAGUUCUUCACGCGGGCGGCGCCAGCGCUGACACCCCCAGACCGCCUUGUCCUGGCCAGCAUCGACCAGGCGGAUUUCCAGGGCUUCACCUACGUUAACCCCGACUUUGUGCACCCGGAUGCCCGCAGCCCCACCAGCCCGGUGCCGGUGCCAGUCAUGUAAUCUCACCUGCUGCCGCUAGGUGUCCUCAGUGCUCCCUCUCCCACGCCGGCUGCAGUCACCAAAUCACCCCCUCCCCUCUCCUCGGAAUUCUUGAUCUUGUACCCCAGCAUUCUGGCCUCUGCCUCCACGGGUUCUAGAUGCCCCCUCCCAAGCAUUUCUGGCACUCUAAACUCCAUACAGUCUCUAGAGCCUUCCCGUGUUCUAGAUUCUGCUGUGCUGAGCCUUUUGUUUCCUUCCUCCAGCAUUCUGGAUGCUGCUCCAAUAAGUUCCCCAACUCCAUCCGUGGGGUUCUAGACUCCAUUUUGGUAGUUCUUUGCCUCUUCCUCCCCUUCCCUCUCAUCCCACCUUGGGGAAACAGUCUCAUGGGGUUGCCUGCUCCUGGCUCGAAUUCCAUAUCCACCCCAGGCCUCCAAGGCCCCUCCCACCUCCACUCCAGUUGUAGAGUAAGUGGGAGGCUGUGCCCCAUACUCCAGGCCACCUCCUUUCCAUGCUCUGGGGAUUUCUGGGAUGUAUGGAGGAUCCUUUCCCUGAAUGUUCUCAAUCAGCUUUUGUUCUAGACUCCCUCAUCCUGAGCCCAUCACUGCGCACUUGCCCGUGCAUGGCUCCAGUCCUGCUCGGAACCCCCUACCUCCCUUCCCCAGUGCCUGCCACUCUCUGGGCCUCUCUCCACCUCCCUCUUCUCCGCCCCCUUAGCCUCUCCCACCCAGCCACAGCUGCUGGAGAAUAAAUUUGGGAUGCUCAUG